GGACCGCGGCGACUACCGAGGGAGGUGAGGGGCGGGCCGGGCGGGUGUCCGAGGCGGCGGCGGCAUGGCAGGGCGGCGGGUGAACGUGAACGUGGGCGUGCUGGGCCACAUCGACAGCGGCAAGACGGCGCUGGCGCGGGCGCUAAGCACCACAGCCUCCACCGCCGCCUUUGACAAGCAGCCGCAGAGCCGCGAGCGCGGCAUCACGCUCGAUCUGGGCUUCUCGUGCUUCUCGGUGCCGCUGCCCGCGCGCCUGCGGUCGUCUUUGCCCGAGUUCCAGGCAGCGCCCGAGGCCGAGCCCGAGCCCGGCGAGCCACUGCUUCAGGUCACGCUGGUCGACUGCCCCGGGCACGCCUCCCUCAUCCGGACCAUCAUCGGCGGGGCCCAGAUCAUUGAUCUGAUGAUGCUGGUCAUUGAUGUGACCAAGGGGAUGCAGACCCAGUCAGCGGAAUGCCUUGUGAUCGGCCAGAUUGCCUGCCAGAAGCUGGUCGUGGUGCUGAACAAAAUAGACCUCUUACCUGAAGGAAAGAGACAGGCAGCAAUUGAUAAAAUGACCAAGAAAAUGCAGAAGACCCUAGAGAACACCAAGUUCCGAGGUGCACCGAUUAUACCCGUGGCGGCCAAGCCGGGGGGACCAGAGGCCCCCGAAACUGAAGCUCCACAGGGCAUUCAAGAGCUCAUUGAGCUCCUGACGUCCCAGAUUUCCAUCCCAACGAGAGACCCCUCGGGACCGUUCCUCAUGUCUGUGGACCACUGUUUCUCCAUCAAAGGCCAAGGCACUGUGAUGACAGGGACCAUCCUUUCAGGCUCCAUCAGCCUCGGUGACAGUGUGGAGAUCCCUGCCCUCAAGGUGGUGAAGAAGGUGAAGUCCAUGCAGAUGUUCCACAUGCCCAUCACUUCAGCCAUGCAAGGAGACCGGCUGGGCAUCUGCGUCACCCAGUUUGACCCUAAGCUGCUGGAGCGCGGGUUGGUGUGUGCCCCCGAGUCCCUGCACACUGUCCAUGCGGCCCUCAUCUCUGUGGAAAAGAUACCGUAUUUCCGGGGGCCCCUGCAAACCAAGGCCAAGUUCCACAUUACAGUGGGCCAUGAAACAGUCAUGGGCCGGUUGAUGUUCUUCAGUCCUGCUCCAGAUAACUUUGACCAGGAGCCUAUACUGGACUCUUUCGACUUCUCUCAAGAAUACCUUUUCCAGGAGCAGUACCUGUCCAAGGAUUUGACACCAGCAGUGACAGACAAUGAUGAGGCCGACAAGAAGGCCGGCCAGGCCACAGAGGGCCAUUGUCCUCGGCAGCAGUGGGCCCUGGUGGAGUUUGAGAAGCCCGUCACCUGCCCUCGGCUGUGCCUGGUGAUUGGCUCCAGGCUAGAUGCGGACAUUCACACCAACACGUGCCGGCUAGCCUUCCAUGGCAUCCUGCUCCACGGGCUAGAGGACAGGAACUACUCCGACAGCUUCCUGCCCAGGCUGAAGGUGUACAAGCUGAAGCACAAGCAUGGCCUCGUGGAGCGGGCGAUGGAUGACUACAGUGUGAUCGGCCGCUCCCUGUUCAAAAAGGAAACCAACAUCCAGCUCUUCGUGGGGCUCAAGGUGCACCUGUCCACUGGGGAACUGGGCAUCAUCGACAGUGCCUUCGGCCAGAGCGGCAAGUUCAAGAUCCACAUCCCAGGCCUCAUCAGCUCCUUUUCCUGGGAAGGACUCCCCAGUUCCCGAAGCAGAGUCUGAUAUGCAGAACCCCAGUGAAAGAUGACAGGACAGUACCGGAGGGGAGAAGUGGGGGCCCCAAUACUUCCCUUCCCUCCCUCCAGGGCCCCCUGCUCCUGCCACCCUGGCUGGGCUCCCUGAGCUGGGAAGUACACACUGGAGUCUAGCAGGGUGCUCCCCUCCAGCCCAGGCCCCGCUGUGCCCCCUCCUCUGGGGGUACCUCAGGCUUGGAAACAUAUGCAGGUUCCAGAAGCGGCAGCCCUGGCACCUGUCCGGGACCUGCCAUCCGGACCCACCACCUCUCGGGACAAGGAGGCUCUCAGGCCUCACAGAGGCCUUGCCCAGCCUGGGAGCAUCAUAGGGCUGGCCAGGGCCAGGAGGGACCAUGAGCCCACCCCGUCCUGGGCCCCAGGAGCCAGCGUGGCAGGCUUUGUCCUGUGGCAUUUCUAGCCACCCACCUUGUCCCUGGGGCCUUGUCCCCAGCAAGGUGUGCCAAAGGCCCCUCACCAGCCACCCCUCCAGGCCCACACUCUGCUGAGGCCCUGGCAGGGCAGGGUUACCAGUCUGGGCUCAGAGGCCUGGAGCCUGCACAACCUCUGAGCAAGCUGGACCUGCCCACAGCAGCAGAGGCUCUGCCUCUCCAGCUGGGGCGACCCUGCACUUGCCCUAGUAUCCCAGCGUGAACGGGGGGGUCAGGUGUGAACAGGAGGGUCAGGAGGAAGCGGUACCUCCGUCUGCAGUCUCCUCAGAUCUUGCCUGUGCAAGCUCAGAGUGGGGCCUUCAGGGGGUCCCAAGAACCGGGAUUUGGGCUCUGGGCUGUGCACAGUCUCCGGGACCUGACUCUGGGUCUGUCCCUGCACCCCUGCACCUGUGGCCCUCCCAGGUCAGCUGCUGGUGCCACAGCCCCAUAGUUGUGAACACCUGGAGCUGCCCAUUCAGCCUCUUGUGCCGACUUUUCCUGAGGGUGACCUCUGGACGACCUCCCGGUGCACACAGGGAGGAGGAAGAGCAGGUUUAUGAGCGGGGUGGGGGGGCGCAUUCCUCCGGGCAGCCUGGUGGCCUGGGCCUAUCUCACCAUCGCCACAGGACUGAGGGGCCCCCUGAGCCUCGGCCCACCUCUGGCCUGGCUGACUUGUGGGCACCAGGAAGCCCAGGACCAGGGGACCACAUUAGGGUCUCAGCCCCGGUUACCCUGGAGCUGGGCUGGGCCCAGUGGCUGCCAUGUGUCUCUAGUGCAGCCUCUGCUUACUCCUCCAGGGACAGAGAGCUCCCUCUGCACUCCCCCGGCCGACUGAUAACUCCAUUUCAGAUGGCACAAGAAUUCUCUCAUACAGAUGGUUUGUGGAAAAAAACAGCAGCUCUGGGGCAGUCAUGAAGACCAAGUUGCCCAGCACGGUGCUGGGCGCUCAGCCAGAGCCAUCUCUGAACCCUCUGGGGGGUCCCAGUUCAGCCUGAAGACCUACAGAUCUGCCUGUCCCUAUGGCCCUGGGGCAACUGCAGAGCCUGGGCCAGUGCUCCGAAGCUGGCAUCUCAGCCCCAACCCUGGCUCCCUAGAACUCUAGCAGUGCCAACAGGGCAGGACUGUCACCUCCAGAAAGCUGGGCGCAGGCCUUGGGUAGCCUGGCAUGGGGCGGCUCCUGCAUACGUUCAGGAGUGAAUGGAGCCUCGGAUUCUCUGAAGAGCCCCACUGCUCUGUCAGGGGGAUCAUGGCUCCCCGGGGUCAGAGGGAUGGAGGGCAGUGUUUCUGUCCAGAAAGGCUCGAGGGCAGCUAGAAAUGCCACAGGUCCUGGCCUUCUGGGGGAUGGUUUCCCAGAUGGGCCCUUGUACUGGGGGUUGAGGUCCCGAGAGGAAGGCAGGGAAGUGUGCAGGGCCACGCCUCAACACAGGGGCCAGACCCUGAGAAACUCGUUCUCACUCCUCGGGCCUUGAGGCCCCCCGGCUGCUCUCGGCGGCUGGCCCUGGCCCAUUAGUUUAUUGAUCCCCUUGCCCAAUCAUUGGACCAAAGUUUCCUCAACCCUUGCUUGGGCCAGAUCCAGGCCAGGGACCAGAGGGAGCUUGAAACAUCCCAUCCCCUGACAAGGAGGUGCCCGGGAGGGUGGGAGAGUUGCCACUCAGACCAGAGGCCCAGAUGUCCCUGCCUACCCCAGGGACAGCCAGCCCAGGCUGGUCCCGGACAGUCACCAGAGCCUUCCUUCAGGUCCCCCUUGUGUGCCCGCCUGACCUGCUGGGAGCACUGGGUAAUGAGGAGGUCAUGCUGCCCCCACCUGCAGGCUACUAGCCCUCCCAGAGGUCACGUGACCAAGAGGACCUUUCCCAGGCCCACACCACCCAUGGCAGCUUUGCUUUUAGCAGCACAAACAGAUCUGGGAUCCAGUGAGACCUGCAGGAAGGGUCUCACCCUGUCUGUGCCUCAGCGAAAUGAAAUUAAUAUUAGGACCACCUUCUCUGGGUAGCAGUCAGAGGGAAACGGGCACCCAGCAGGUGCUCAUUAAAUGCUUCACGGCAGUCACUUGGGAAAACAGCUUGGGUGUUUCUUUAAAAGUUUAACAUAAAGUUACUGCCAAAAAAUGGAAGCAACCCUGUUUAUCAACUGACGAAUGGAUACACAAAAUAUCUAUCUACCCAUGCAAUGGAAUAUUAUUUGGCAAUAAUCUAAUAAAAAUUAAAAAGGAAUGAAGGCCAGGUGCAGUGGCUCAUGUCUGAAAUCCUAGCACUAUGGGAGGCUGAGGUGAAAGGAUCACCUGAGGCCAGGAGCUAGAGGCCCCAAUGAGCUAUGAUUGCACCACUGCACUCCAGCCUGGGUGACAGAGCAAGACCCUGUCUCAAUAAAUAAAUAAAUAAAUAAAUAAAUAAAUAAAUAAAUAAAUAAGAGGAAUGAAGUACUGCUAUGCACUGCAGCAUGGAUGGACCAUGAAGGCAUUGUGCUAAGUGAAAGAAACCAAUCGUGAAAGGCCACAUAGUGUGUGAUUCCAUUUAUGUGAAAUGUCCAGAAGAGGCAAACCUAUAGAUGCAGAAAGUAGAUUUGCCAAGGCCUGGGGGAGCAGGAAGUGGGGAGUGACUGCCAGUGGAGACAGUUUCUUUUCAGGGGACAGGGUGUUCUAAACUUAGAUUGUAGUGAUGGUUGUACAAAUCUGUAAACAUACAGAAGUUUGGAAUUGUACACUUUAAGUGGGGGAACUUUAUAGCAUGUAAGUUAUAGCUCAAUAAAAUUGUUUUUUAAAAUUG